AUGCAUGAUAUUUGUAAUUACGACACAUACUUCAUUCAAAAGCAUGAUGCUGUUGGAGCUUUGGGUCUUAUCCCGGAGCAAAAACUUACAGCUGCUUUGCGGAUGCUUGCUUAUGGGGCAUCUGCAAAGCAGGUGGAUGAGAUUGCAAGGAUGGGAAAAUCUACUGUCCUAGAGUGCUUGGUGAGAUUCUGUGAUGCAGUGGAAAAUUUGUACACGAGGGAGUACCUUCGCAAACCCACGCCAAGAGACCUACAACAGCUUCUACAAAAAGGCGAGGCUCGAGGUUUCCCAGGAAUGAUUGGAAGCAUCGAUUGCAUGCACUGGCAGUGGAAGAACUGUCAUACUGCUUGGCAAGGAGAGUACGGGAAUCGGAAGGGCCAAAAAAGUAUAAUUUUGGAGGCCGUAGCUUCAUUCGAUUGUUGGGUUUGGCAUGCCUUCUUCGGGGUUGCCGGAUCUCAGAAUGACCUCAAUGUCCUUGGUCAAUCCCCAGUGUUCGACGAGGUAUUGCGAGGUCAUUCCCCCCAGGUCACGUACAAAAUCAACAAUACCGUUUACUCUGGUGCGUACUACCUUGCCGACGGAAUUUAUCCUAGGUGGACGACAUUCGUGAAAACAAUUCCGAAUCCCCAAUCCGAGAAGGAAAGAAACUUUGCUUCCUUUCAAGAAGGUUACAGGAAAGACGUGGAGAGGUGUUUCGGUAUCUUUCAAGCUCGUUGGGCAAUUAUUAGAGGUGCUGCUCGAAUGCUAGAUGAGGAGGUGCUGCGGAGUAUUAUGAUGACUUGCAUCAUCCUCCACAACAUGAUUGUGGAGGAUGAGUAUGACUAUGAUGCUCAAGAGGUGUUUGAACCCGAUCCAAUGAACACAUCGUUGACAAGAAUAUAUGAAAGGCCGAUUGCAUAA